CUCCAAUCUCAAAAUGCCCUUGAUCAGUUGGAUCUGACUCACACACAUCUCACCCAUACCAAUCGUCCUAAACGCCCAUUUUAUUCCCCCAAACCCCCUGCUUCUACACCGCCCUCUUCUCCUUUUGUUCCUCGCUCCCCUACCCUAGCUGCGGGUGUCUUGGGCAAACCUCCUGGCCCUCCUGGUGCCUGGCGUCCCUCUCACCCAUCUACUACUCAACCCCAAUGUCAGAUUUGUGGCAACUUUGGCCAUACUGCUCUGGUGUGCUACCACCGAGCCAAUUUUUCUUACCAACCAUCUCCUUCCCCAACUAAUCUCAAUACAUUUCUUCCCUCCUCUGAGUACUAUACAUUACCACAGCCUCCCACCCCAUCUGCCCUGGUUUCAUCUAAGUCGCCUCACUACAAGAAUAAAGGCUAUUUGCGACGGACACGGGAGUCCGCCGCUAAUAAUAGUAAGUAUUUAAAAAAAUAUUAAAAAAAUAUUAGCCUCUCCAGUCCUAACGCCGACUCCAUCUCGAACUGCUCUCUCUCCCUAACACCGAGCCUCUCCAGUCCCUCACGCUGGUUCGCCAUAAACACGCGAACCCAAUUGCCUCUUCUCUACGCUUAAACCCAGGAAACGACAACUAGUGACCUACGCCGAUUGGCCUCCUUCGCCACUGACCCAUACCUCUCAGGCCUGAUCGUAUGCGUGCUUCCAAUCCUGAAGUAGCUAAAUCUCUCUUUAGAGAAGCUGCUGAGAUAUUCCAAACAGUGGGAAAGUUUGAUUCUGCAGCGAGUUGUUAUAGAAACUCGGGAGACUAUGAGAAAGCAGGCAUAAUUUAUUUGGACAAGUUUGGCGAGUUUGGGUUGCAGAGAGCUGGGGAAUGCUUCUCCCUGGCAGGUCAUUACCAGCAAGCUGCUGAUGCCUAUGCCAAGGGAAAUUUGUUCUCAGAGUGUCUGAAAGUCUGUGCCAAAGGACUCUUAUUUGAAAAGGGUUUGGAAUACAUACAAUCCUGGAAACAGCAAGCCAAACAAGGCUUUGGUGUGACUGGUAGAGGCACAGAAAUAGAAAAAACUGAACAAGAAUUCUUGGAGAGUUGUGCUCUGUACUAUUAUAAGCUUGAAAACAAAAAAUCUAUGAUGAGAUUUGUUGAAGCUUUUAAUUCCAUGAAUUCAAUCCGUAAGUUCUUGCGGUCGUUGGGUUGUUUUGAUGAGCUUAUGUCAUUGGAAGAAAGAUCAGGAAAUUUUGUGGAAGCUGCAGAACUUGCAAAGCUCAGAGGAGAUAUACUAGCUGCAAUAGAUCUUUUUGAGAAAGCUGGGAAAUUUAAAGAAGCAGCAACACUUAUUCUUUCCCAUGUUCUUUCCAACUCACUCUGGUCAUCUGGUAAACAAGAUGAUAGUCUUCUUCUAACAAAAGCCAAGUCACUUGCCAUGAAUGAGACAAAAGAUUUCUAUGAUUUUGUUUGCACAGAAGCUGAUAUUAUUGCAAAUAAGAAGAGUGGCCUUGCAGUGAGAAAAUAUGAAAUGAUUGCUUCUCAAAGACAUAAGAGUGUCAGAGGAGAAAUCCUAUCUGUUUGGAGAGUUCUUGAUGUUCAUCUUGAUACAAAGGUCAUAGAGUAUUUCUGGGAAGUACAUGAUGAUCAUCUGUUGCAUUCACAACAACACAUGAUUUCUAAAAUCUAUGUUACAGUUGAGUCACUAGUCUAUUUUAAAAAGUACAGUUUCAAAUAUUUUAAAAAGUACAAUCCCAACGUCCUACAAAAACUAUUAUAA